UUUUUGAGAUAUCUGCUUCUGAUAUUUCUGCCUCCACCGCAGUAUCUGUCUACCCCUUCCUACACUUUCACCUCCACAGCUCUUGUCUUGUCUGGUUGCCGUUUAAGUGGAAGCAAAGCCACAGCAGUCAAGCAGCAAACACGGAAAUGUAGAUGUAGAAGUAGACCAGUGCCUGAGCUUAAAGCAUCCUGUUUCUGUGUUCCAUGAUGGCGACUAGGCUGCUUUUGCUUCUCUGUCUGGCAGGCCAUGUGUUAGCCAAAGAGCCGCCUGAUGUGGACUGUCUUGUGGUGCAUCUGAAUUAUGUUCAGUGUUAUUGGAACAAGCAGGGGACUCCAGAUGUCAACUACACCUUUUACGGCUGGUUCCACCAUGACAAAAACAUCAGUGAGUGCACCACCUAUCUGUCAGAGAACAACACAAAAAUUGGAUGCAACCACCCCUAUGAGAAGAAACUCAACAGGUUCCAGACAUUUUACACCAAACUGGUGCACGGCGAGGACACUUUUGAGCGUAAGCUUGAGCUUAAACAGAAAGUCAAGUUAUAUCCACCAACCAACCUGACUGUCCAGAUGGGAUCCGACUCAAACCUGAGGUUUUACUGGAACCAGACUUCUUCAAACUGUGUGGAGAGUGAAAUCCGCUGCAGGAUCAAUAACAAGGAGUGGGAUGUUUCACUAGUCAGUAUUGGGCUGCAGAGUUACUGCAUCAACAUGCCCUCCAAAAAUUCAGUGUAUGAGCUGCAGGUUCGGAGCAAACUGGGGAGCACUUGUGCAGAGUCUUUGUACUGGAGUGACUGGAGUGAGCCUGUGGUCUGGGGAUCCAACAACAGCACAGACCCAAAUCAAAAGAAUGAACUAAUGUUUGUGUGGACCCCAGUAUUCUUUCUGUUGGGCACUCUGACCUUCAUCCUACUGGUCAUGAUUUUGCUGCACCAUGAAAGAGUCAGAAUCAUCCUCAUGCCUGUGGUUCCCAAGCCAUCCCUCAUUUCUCACAACAUGCAGGAUUGGCUUCAACUCUCCAAAGGCCUGAAAGAGAGUUUUAACCCCAACUACAAUGAUCGUGCCUGUCCUGUCCGUGAGUACUGCCACGUCUCCCAGUCCGAUAGCGAGAGCUCUGACAGCUCAACCUCCUCCAUCACCACUGACCAAACCGACUGUUCUGUCCUCAUCACUGUGGACGAGUCAGACCUGUCCACCCCCUGCUCCUCUUCCACUUCUGCAGUUCUUGUGUCAUCUGGGCAGAAGGACCAGGUUUCUGCUUAGGAGGCUUGGGUUUCAUAAAAUACUAUAAUUCAUAUGCUCAUAUAAUGACACAUCUCCUGCCCGUCUGCAAAGAUAAGAAAAUGGAUAGUAGUGUAUGGUCAAUAUUAACUGUACCACAGAGUUUUCUCUUUAAUCAGUAGUGUUACUGUUUCUCAACAACAGGGGAACACAGAACCAAAGUUCCCCCCACUUGUCACAUCCACUUCCUCUCAUUGGUUUCCCUGGUUCACAGUUUAAACAAAAAAGUCAGCACAAAGCUGUUAUUCCACAAGCAUGAAGUUUAAUUAUGAGAAGACAAAUAUUUGACACGACCAAGCUUCAUCACUGUGUCCAGUUUGUACCAAGUGAAAGUAUGGAUUUAGUAUUGUGAGGCAUAUUUAAAUCACCUGUAUCGAGCUCUGCUGUUUUGCUGGCUUACUUAUGAUGUAUUUAAUUAUGAAAAGUACAUAUAUGAAUAUACAAGAGGACUUGGGGAAUAUAAUAUGCAAAGAUUCUUAAAAUCUAUGAUCAAUCCCACACCCAGCCUCAUUGUGUUGAUACAAGGGAAUGCAACAUCAGGAGAAUAGCUGCGUUCAUGAUAAAAAGCCACACUAAAGCAACUAAAUGAAAAUCUUUAUCAUCAAAGCAGGACUUAGAGCACACUUAGAGUAUGAUCAAAUCAAUUCAUCUUUUUCAUUUUUUUCUUCAGCCGUGUAUUUUUCUUGGGUGUUUUAUUAUUCUACCUUAACAAAGCGUGGCAGUAUGUUAUUGAUAAAGUCAUAUUUUUAACCUUUUAUACAACUAAACUUUCCAAAAAAGUUGGGACGUUGUGUUAAAUGUAUUGAAUUUCCCACGGGAUCGAUAAAGUAUCUAUCUAUUAUAAAUAAAAACAGAAUGUGAUCAUUUGCGUUUACCAGCAGCAGUUUUACAUGUUCCCUUUGUGUUUACACGUUACAUUUUCGAAGUGUUCUUGAGCCCAUGUAGUAAUAUUCUGUAUUCAAUUGUUCAAUUGAUAACUGACACUGAGAUAAUAUCCCAACUGGGCCAAAUACCUUAUUGGUAAUGAAGUAUUUUAUAUUAUAUAAAAAGUAUUUUAUGUAUGACAGUUGAUAUUUAGUGUAAACUACUGACAAAAAACACAAUUUAUAAUGGCCAAGAGGACAGCAAUCAUUGUUCCUUCAGCCACUCAAAUGACCAAUUUAGGUACCACUUUCCUAACAGGCACGUUUUGGGGUUCAUAAGCUGUAACUUAACUAUUCAUUAAUGGUUAAAGGCAAUUUACUAAUGGAUAUAAAUAUGAUUAAUGGUUAAAAAAUAAAUCACAAUAAAUCAUCAGCCAAAUUUCGACAUUUUUAACUUGCUAUAUUUUUUUCCUUUAGCAGUUAUACGCUAGCAUUUAUAACUGCAACAAACAUAAGAAAAUUAUUUAUUUUCCAUUAGUGAAGUCAGUACUUAUCGACUACUAAUUAUCCCUGUAAUAAAAGUUGCCUCGUUAGAAAGUGACGCCGCAACAUUACAUUACAUGCCUAGAUGACUGACCUAAUUGAUACCAUUAUAAACAUUCAAGCCUCAUAUUUUUUCUUUUUUUGUGUGUGUGCAGGUUAUGUAUACUCCUAUGUUUUAAUAAUAAUACCCAUCUUAAUAUCUUUGAAUAUACUUUUUUAAAAUUUUGUUUUGACGUUUUUGUUUUUGUACACCAUUUUGUUGUUUCUUCUGUCCAACAUCUCGCAAAUCAGCUUUGUGUAAUCCUUGUUGUGUUUUUGCUCAAUAAAUACACGGGUAUAUGUA